AUGAAUAGGAUAUGGUCCAUUGUUAUCAACAUGGGCUGUGCCAUUAGUUCAUCAGGAGAAAAAGAAGCAGUUGAACGAUCUAAAAAGAUAGACAAAGAUUUAAGGGCUGAUGGCGAACGAGCAGCAAGAGAAGUCAAGCUUCUUUUACUCGGAGCGGGCGAAUCAGGGAAGAGUACUAUUGUUAAGCAAAUGAAAAUAAUUCAUGAAACUGGUUAUUCUAAAGAAGAAUGUGAGCAGUACAGACCAGUUGUUUACAGCAAUACUAUUCAAAGCCUUAUGGCAAUUAUUCGUGCCAUGGGACAGUUACGAAUAGACUUUGCUGAUUGUACAAAAGCGGACUAUGCCAGACAAUUUUUCACCCUAGCCAGUGCUGCUGAAGAAGGAGAAUUGACGCCUGAACUUGUACAGUUAAUGAAAAGACUUUGGCAAGAUCCCGGUGUUGAGCUUUGUUUUUCAAGAUCUCGUGAAUAUCAGCUGAAUGAUUCUGCUGCUUAUUAUUUAAAUUCUUUAGAUCGUAUUUCGCAACCCAAUUAUGUACCUACCCAACAAGAUGUUCUUAGGACAAGAGUGAAAACUACUGGAAUAAUUGAGACACAUUUCACAUUUAAAGGUCUUCAUUUCAAAAUGUUUGAUGUUGGUGGGCAGCGAUCUGAAAGAAAAAAAUGGAUUCACUGUUUUGAAGGGGUUACAGCUAUAAUUUUCUGUGUUGCUUUAUCAGGUUAUGAUCUUGUACUUGCGGAAGAUGAAGAAAUGAAUAGAAUGAUUGAGUCAAUGAAACUUUUUGAUUCCAUUUGCAACAGUAAAUGGUUUGUAGAAACAUCUAUUAUAUUGUUUCUUAACAAAAAGGAUUUGUUUGAAGAAAAAAUAACUAAAAGUCCAUUAACAAUAUGCUUUCCGGAAUAUACAGGUUCAAAUACUUACGAAGAAGCUGCUGCAUACAUUCAAAUGAAGUUUGAAAACUUAAAUAAACGGAAAGAUCAAAAGGAAAUAUAUACACAUUUCACUUGUGCUACAGAUACACAUAAUAUCCAAUUUGUUUUUGAUGCUGUCACCGAUGUGAUUAUAAAAAAUAAUUUAAAAGAUUGUGGCCUAUUUUAG